AUGGCUGAUUUCAGGUCUGGGAUAGAAAAUGUACAAAAUGAAACUGUUAUCCAACUAGACAAUAACAAAAUUAUCAAAGACUACCCAAAUUGUGUUGAAAGCUGGACUCGGCCACCGCUGUGGUGUGAGGCGCGUGUUCGGGCCCUUGUGGUCCCCGCACCGCUCCCCGGCUACUGCCUUGCUCUCCGGCGUCCGACAGCCAGCCUUCGGGACCUCCCCACCACGGACAGGCCUCGCGUCCACCCAGGACGCCUGAGCGACAACGUCCGGGAGAAGGACAUCCAGCGCUUCCUCGAAGUAGACCUCAAAAAUGGGUACGGCUUCAUGGAGUUCGAGGACUCCGACGACGACGACGACGACGCCGCCGCCGCCACCGAACGGCAAGGAGCUCUGCGGCCCACAUCCGGGGACGGCGCCGCGCGCGACGGCUACAGCUACGGAAGCCGCAGUGGUGGAGGUGGAUACAGCAGUCGGAGAACCUCUGGCAGAGACAAAUAUGGACCUCCUCUUUGUAAGGAGUACAGGCUUAUUGUCGAAAAUCUUUCUAGUCGUUGCAGUUGGCAAGAUUUAAAGGAUGUCAUGCAGCAAGCAGGUGAAGUAACAUAUGCAGAUGCUCACARAGAACGUACAAAUGAAGGUGUAAUUGGAUUUCGCUCCUACUCUGACAUGAAGCGUGCUUUGGAUAAACUGGAUGGUACAGAGAURAAUGGCAGGAAUAUUAGACUUAUUGAAGAUAAGCCACGAGCAAGCCAUAGGCGGUCUUAUUCUGGAAGCAGAUUUAGGUCACGAUCAAGAAGGAGGUCAAGAAGUAGGAGUCGCAGGAGCAGCCGCAGUAGAUCUCGAAGUUUCUCAAAAAGUCGCUCCCCAUCCAGGUCGCGGAGCAAAGGUGGAUCACGUUCUAAAUCAAAAGGCAGGAAAUCUAGAUCAAAAAGUAAAUCUAAGCCCAAGUCUGAUCGGGGUUCCCAUUCACAUUCUCGAAGCAGAUCUAAGGAUGAGUAUAAAGUGUCCCGAAGCAGGUCUCCAUCUCAGUCCCCCAAAGAAAAUGGAAAAGGUGAUAUAAAGUCAAAAUCAAGAUCAAGAAGCCAGAUACCCUUCCAAUUCACCCUUCCUCUUCCACCCUCAAAGGCUCCUUCUGUGUCCCCUCCACCAAAAAGAGCUACUUCAAGAUCCCGUUCUAGAUCUCGCACAAGGUCAAGGUCCAGAUCAAGUUCCAGAGAUUAA